GGUUGUCAAGCGGAAGCGGUGUUGUUCGUCGUUGAUGUGUAUGUGGCGCGCGGCAUCACCUUCGCAUCAGCUGUAAAGCGCGAGCAGUAGGAGUGUACAGCUGAUUUCAUGUCUGAACUACACAGGUGAGACACAUGUGGUGCAGGUGUAAUAGAUGAUGUGAUGAUCAGCCAUCCAGAGAACAUCUGACCUGACACUGACUGACAGAAUAAAGAAGGUCAUACGGGUUUGAAACAACAUGGGGUCUCUCUGUCUCUGGUGUCAGGUGACAAUGAUGGCUGCAGAUCGAGGUAUAGUGGAGGAAUGGCUCUCAGAAUUCAAGACGCUGUCUGAGACGCAGUUGUCCAAUUAUGCUGGAGUUCUCCAUCAGAAGAACACACUCAUACCAGCUCUCUACGGCAUUAUUCAAGACCCCAACAGUGAGUUACUGGAGCCAGUGUGUCAUCAGCUGUUUGAGCUGUACCGCAGUUCAGAGGACGGCCUGAGACGCUUCACGCUGCAGUUCUUGCCGGAGCUGGUGUGGGUAUAUCUGCGCAGGGCUCGAUACAGCAGUGGCUGCAUUGAGGCUCUCCUGCUGGGCAUCUACAACCUGGAAAUUGUGGAUAAAGAUGGAAACAGCAAGCUGUUAUCAUUCACAAUCCCUUCACUGUCUAAACCAUCCAUAUAUCAUGAGCCAUCUAGUCUCGGCUCCAUGGCUUUGACUGAGGGAGCUCUGUGCCAACAUGACCUGAUCAGAGUGAUCUACAGCGGCCAACACCCUCAGAGAGAAACCUUCACUGCACAGAACAGGUUUGAGGUGUUGUGUUUCCUGAUGUUGUGUUAUAACUCAGCGGUGGUCUACAUGCCCCCCUCAUCAUACCAGUCUGUCUGCAGAAUGAGCUCACGGCUGUGUGUGUGCGGGUUUCCACGGCAGCAGCAGAAGGCAUGGAGCGCUCCCUGCAUCCGCGUGCUGUUAGAUCCAGAGUUCAUGGUGCAGAUGCUCACCGCUGUCUAUCAUGCAAUAUAUAACGGGGAGUGGGAUGCAGGCAGAGAGGCUCUGGAUGACAUUCUGUACCGAGCUCAACUGGAGCUGUACUCGGAGCCGCUGCUGCUGGGCAAUGCCGUGAAGAGCUCGCUGCCGGACAACGCACCGGACACAUCACAGGGAAGGAAGAUCCUGCAAGUGGAGGUGACACCCACCAUCAGCCGUAUCACUCACUGCGCCAUCACUGCUGCAUCCAUCCGCAGACUACGCUGGAGGAGAGAGGAUUGUUUUGACUUCUCAAGCGAUGCAGAAUUCAGCUUCACCUUCUGCCCCAGCCAACACACCUCCCAGGAGCCAGCAGCCAAUCCUGAGCGAGGAGGGAGGGGCAUUCUCACAGUCACAUCUGAGGAUGUCGAUGGGAUGAGUGGGGGGGAAGAGUCCUUCAACCUCAAUGACCCUGAUGAAGGCUUCUCAUCCGGAGCGUCCAAUAGCAGCCAGCCGAGCGGUUUCCGCAGGAGUAGCUCGAAAAAGAACCGCAUGUCCGAGCGGGAGGCAUCUUCAGACUCUCAGAAGAGGCCACCUCAGUCGACCACCGUCACACUCGACGCCAUUGAGCUGAGCCUCCCCGCCGGCUCCACCCCCCUCGCCAGGGCCGCCAGCACCUCCUCCAGAUCGUUUGACUGCAUUAACAUCAGUGCGAGCCGGGCAGUGACGGGCAACAUGGGGUCACAGGAUGCAAAACUGAGCUCGAGUGGGGCGACUCAAAGACACUCAAACCUCAGCCUGCAGGGAGAGCACUCGCCACGGCCCAACGACACCGAGCUUCUUUCUCCCGGAGCUCCGCUCACCAAACAGUCCCGAUCACCCAGUUUCAACAUGCAGAUCAUAUCACAGGUGUAGAAACUCCUGUUUUAAUGUCUUAGUCUGACUGUCACUUCUAAAGAUUUCACCCAAAAAUGACAAUUCUGUUAUCGUUCCAAACACAUAUGACUUUCUUCUGUGGAAGCAGCGUGAAAUUUCUUCAGAGCAUCUCCUUUUGUGUUCCAUGAAAGAAAGUAAUACAGGUUUGGGAUGACAUAAAGGUGAGUACUUAACGGAAUUGAAAUUUUUGUGUGAAUUUUCCUUUAAAGGCCAGAAAACUAAUAGACAUGUGGGAGUACUGUCAGUCUCUCUCUCAGACCAAAAUCAAGCACUCCACUUAGUGAUUUGUGCAGGAACUCAUGGAAUGUUGUUCUGCUGUAAUAUUUUGAGAAUUCUGAUAUUACUGAACUGACAUAUAGUCUAUAUUUUAUAAACAAUCAGCAAUAAAUAAUUAAUAGUUCACCUGAACAGAUGAGAAUG